AACCUUCGUGUCCGAUUUGUUGACAGUCGGCGCGUUUAAACAUUACACCCCAGACGCUUCCCCUCAAACAAGCGAACUCAUUCAAGGGUUUGUGGCUGGAGGUCCUGUGUUAAACGUUAAAAGAUGUUUUUGACAAGAUCGGAAUAUGACAGAGGUGUGAACACAUUCUCUCCUGAAGGAAGAUUGUUCCAGGUUGAAUAUGCCAUAGAGGCUAUAAAGUUGGGCUCCACAGCCAUCGGUAUCCAGACAUCAGAGGGGGUGUGUCUGGCUGUGGAGAAGAGGAUCACCUCUCCGCUGAUGGAGCCCAACAGCAUUGAAAAGAUUGUGGAGAUUGACAGUCACAUCGGUUGCGCCAUGAGUGGCUUGAUAGCUGAUGCCAAGACUUUAAUUGACAAAGCAAGAGUGGAAACGCAGAACCACUGGUUCACUUACAAUGAGACGAUGACAGUGGAGAGUGUGACUCAGGCUGUGUCCAACCUGGCGCUGCAGUUUGGAGAGGAGGACGCCGAUCCUGGUGCCAUGAGUCGACCAUUCGGCGUAGCACUUCUGUUUGGGGGAGUUGAUGAAAAAGGACCUCAGCUGUACCACAUGGACCCAUCAGGAACCUUUGUGCAGUGUGAUGCUCGGGCCAUCGGCUCAGCGUCUGAGGGAGCGCAAAGCUCUCUGCAAGAGGUCUACCACAAGUCCAUGACAUUAAAAGACGCCAUCAAGUCAUCUCUCACCAUUCUGAAGCAGGUGAUGGAGGAGAAGCUCAACUCCACCAACAUUGAGCUAGCAACAGUAGAGCCUGGGAAGACCUUCCACAUGUAUUCCAAAGAGGAGCUGGAGGACGUAAUCAAGGACAUCUAAAGCAGAAAAGACUUGAAAGUCUUAGUUUGAGUUCUGGGUGGGAGAGGACGAGGAAGUACACCUGGGCUGAAUGUCACAACUGCUACUUUCCAUCAGCACAGAAUUUUUUGGAUUGCAUAAGAGGUUUCUCUUUAUAAUGUGCUAAUUUUUACUUCAUGUCUCUCAGUAUCUGUAUAACUCUGUACAGGGGUCUGACCAGCGCUUACAACUGAGCGGCAGGAAAACCGUAGGGGAGGGGGGUAUAUUUUUUUGUUACGAAUCAGUACUACAAUUAAACUGUUGUAUUCAGAAAGAG